AUGGCCUCUCAAGAGUCUCAGCAACAAACAAACCCAACCUUUAAGGAUUACCUCCCUGGUUCUUCUGACUUUCCAGAACAGAAUAAGCAUGUUGAACCAACAAGUCUCUGGAAGCAAACAUCACACACUCAUAGCUUGCCACCUGGUCUGGAGUACCUGAACCAGUUGGACCGGAUAAUUAUUCAUCAGCAAGUGGAACUUCUUGAAGCCAUACUUGGUACAGAGACCUCCAGCAAAUAUGAGAUAAAAAACCAUUUGGGACAAAGAGUUUACUUUGCAGUAGAAGAAAACAAUUGCUUUGAUCGUAACUUGUGUUCGCCUAUAAGGUCUUUCACCAUAAGGAUUGCUGACAACACGGGCCGAGAAGUGAUUACGGUGAACAGACCCUUGAGAUGCAACAGCUGCUGGUUCCCCUGUUUCCUGCAAGAGUUAGAAGUUCAGUCUCCACCAGGUACAGUAGCUGGGUACGUUGUACAGAACUGGGACCCUUUUCUGCCAAAAUUUACUAUACAGAAUGAAAGUAAAGAAGAUGUACUAAAAAUAAUUGGUCCAUAUGCAACUUGUGGCUGUUUUGAAGAUGUUGACUUUGAGGUAAAAGCUCUCAAUGAGAUGUCAACAAUUGGAAAAAUUUCCAAGUACUGGUCUGGAUUUGUAAACAAUGUCUUUACCAACACCGCCAACUUUGGGAUCCAGGUCCCUGUAGAUCUUGAUGUGAGAAUCAAGGCGGUAAUGAUUGGUGCUUGUUUCCUCAUUGACUUAAUGUUCUUUGAAAACUCUUUGGAUGAAUUAUAA